UGCUAUAUUGGGACAGCCUACCGACUUAUAUAUCUCGAGUACCGGGUGUUAGUGAUCACGAAUCUCAAUUACCGAGCAAGUACAGUUGAAUUUGAAUUAGACAGUAUCGAUGCCGGUCGGCAGGAUCAAAGGUCGAAGUCUCUAUGGCAGAGUGACUUUGCACGAAGUAUUUACGGAGGACAGAUCAUCGGUCACUGCUUGGUAGCAGCUUCCCAAAGCAUUCCUAAGGGCCAGCAAAUUCAUAGUUUGCACGCUUACUUUUUAAAACCAGGUCGCUCUGAUGUUCCUAUCUUGUACCAUGUGGACAAUACCCGAGACGGACGUUCUUACUGCUCCCGUUCAGUCAAGGCAACGCAGGAUGGACAUGCUUUGACUACAAUGCAAGCCUCUUUCAAACUUGAGGAAUCCAGCCCUACAAAUUUCCAACUUCAGAUGCCAGAUGUCCCACCACCUGAGGAUGUGCAAACACAUGAGGAAGUCUUUGAUCUCUUAAGAGAGAACGAUGUGAUAUCAGAGAAGCAGUCUAAAUUUGGCAGGGAUUGGUAUGGUUCUUUCCCUAUAAUGAUGAAGUGGGUUGAUCCGGCUGACUUCAUGUACUUGGAGCCACGGCAACCAAAACGUUGCCUCUGGAUGAAAGCGAAAGGUCAUAUAGGAGCUGAUAUGGAUCAGAACACUCACAAGUGUUGUAUUGGAUACAUGUCAGACUUAUUCCUUCUACAGACAUCAUUCCAGCAAGUGGCUCCACUAAAAUUUUCUGAAGUGGUUGCUGCCUCUUUGGAUCACUCCAUGUGGUUCCAUGCGCCCUGUCGAGCGGAUGAGUGGUUGCUUUUUGAAAUCCAAACAGAACACACGGGAGGUGGCCGCUCUCUUUGCCAUGGAAGAAUAUGGAACCGCAGAGGAGAUUUAGUGAUUUCUGUUGCUCAGGAAGGAGUUUUAAGAACUAAAACCCCUUCAAAACUGUGAUGAAACUAGUCACAAUCACAUUGCAGAUGUCAAGGUCAAAAUAUGCUGUACCAUAUUUUGAAAGGGUGGGCCAGUUUUUGUAAGGUCACCAGUGUGAAUGUACAGGUAGAAGUAGAGAGUGUGGGUUUGUUUUCUUCAAAUAACAGUGACGAGGGUCUGCGUACAGAGAUACAACCAUUAUCAACUAUCCACAAGUUAAAAAACAAAGGUAACAGGCAAUCUUGUGACAAUGACAGAGGCAUGUAGUUAGUAUGUAGCAAAUGCACUGGCGGGGUACAGCAGACAUGACCUUUGGGUCCAGGCAGAUCCAGAAAAAAUGCGUAGAGUAGAAUCAAGUGUUGUACAUGACCUUUGUUGAUCUGAGAAAGGCCUUUGAAACCUGUAGUUGGGAAUGGAAGCCUUAUGAGGAAAACGCUGGUGAAGUGCGGUUGUCCUCCGAAGUUCAUUACUAUGGUACAUCAAUUUCCUGACGAUUUGUUGAAAGCCAGCUGCAAGAACAGUGAUGAUAUGACUGUAGCCUUUCGUGUGAUAGUUUACUCUGUAAUGAAUUCAGGGAACUUCUGUGAUUUUUUUAUUUACAAAGAUGUAGUACAGUAGUGAUUUAAAUCUCGUUUUUUUAUUUCUCUCAAAAUGUGUAUGAUGAGUAUUUAGUGGUGAAAAUUGAUAUCAGCAGAAAAGAAUCUUAUACUUAUACUGUCUCAAUCUCAGAUUUUUUGCAUUUUUCACCUGAUUAAAAAAUAUCUUUCCUUAAUGAUAUUCUGCUUUAAAAGACAUUUUUAUUUAUUUAUAUUUAAUAUUCAAAGUACCUGGGUAAGUUUAUGAAUUCAAUGAGUCUUUACAGAGUUACAGAAUCUUUUUUUUCUUCUUUUAGUUACACCACCAAUUUCACAUUGAGACUAAAGUUGUCUUGAAAAUAUUGAACUUAAAGACUACAAUAGUAUGAGCUGAAAGUUUGAAAACAUAUUGUUUAAAUCCUGUAAAUUGUGAGGUAGAAUUAAGACUUUUUUGGCAGCGACAAACUGGUGCACUUUUGAAUGCUUGACAAUCUUGUGUGCCAUAGUUAUUUACCUCUAUGUAAAUUUGUGUGCAAUAGUUAUUUAUUAAAAUCUAUGUCUACCUUAGAGACUACCUAUGUGAUCUUCAGUCAUGUAGACUUAAACAAGAAAACGGUACCGGUAGUUACGGCUUGGUGCAGGAGAAAUAUAUAUAUAUAUAUAUUAUAAUAUAUGAACGCACAGAUGAACCAGUAGUACUUGUUAGCAGGGCUAAUUGUUUUUCAUUGUAUCCCAGGUCACUGUUUAUGGGUUUACUAAUGUACAGGGUAAUUUGUUGAUUUUAAUCAGUACAAAACUGGAGAUCCAUUCAAGUUAGGUCAAGUUGGAUGCAAGGUUCAAUGUUCGGUAUACUUUAUAAUAAUAGUCUCAUUUCAUGAAUUGAAUGGUCCUUCCGGUGCCCAUAAAGCAUAGAUGAGACAUGUUUUACUUUGUUCCCUCAACCUGAUUAUUUAGGCAUUUUCCUCCUAAAUAACUUGGGAGGGCUCAUAAUGCCCUUUCCAAUGACAAAGGAGUGGACAGAGUAAAAUACUUAUGAGUGUAUGAAUCUGCUGAUUUUUAUUUCUAUAUAUAUGUACCUCCCUGCAACCAUAUAAUGCUGAAUUGAACAAAUAUACCUCAGGAUAUAUCGCUUUUGGUCAAUGAUACUUUUUGCAUGGAAAUUAUAUGCACUUCAGCUUGAAUAUAAAAAUAUUUUUGCUGCCUA